AUGGAGUCCAUCGUCGAGAAUGUGACUUCGACAGCCCUUAAACAUACCGGCGGCAUGGAGACCAUCGUCAAGAAUGUGACUUCGAUCGCCAAGAAUAUCACUUCGAAAGCCUCCAACUACACCCACGAUGAAGUGCAACGGAUGUUAACGGAACAAUAUGCCGCAAAUAUGUCACAAAGGUCAUACAGGCUGCCUACCGCGACAAAUCACACAGGCUGGCAAGCUUGGGUUUGGCCAGCAUUAGUCUAUCUCGUUGGUUUGACGUGCGGUGUCGUAGCCGUCAAUUGCAAGGAGAAGUACCGCUUACCCUCUGUGCUCGCCUUCUGCGCCACCGGCAUCGAGAUUUUGCGAUAUGUCAGCGGAAUCAACAUGAACUAUGCCUUGAAGGACACUUUACUCAAGGGCAUCAUCAUCCAAUGCAUGGGCGCGGUAGUCAUGGUUCUUCGCGAAGGAUUCGUUCUCACCGAGGAGCAGAAGAGACUCCCAUGGCCUCAGCGUGCCCGCGCCACUUACAAGAUUGCAUGGAACGGACGUUUUAUCAAUACCGCUCGGCAAGCCCCUGUAUACCAUCUCAUAAAAGACCAAGACAAGGAAAGACAGGUCCCAUCGGCUGUAAUUGAGAAGAGAAAGGAACUGGCCGCAAGAAAAGCCCAGAAGGCCACCACCGAGAACGACAGAAAAGACAACGAGGUUGCCCCAGUCACCGAUACGGCGAACAAGCAAGUCGCCGUAGAGAUUUGGAAGAGAUUCAGCACUCACGCCUUGAAGAUAUGGAGAAAUUAUCGUCUUCGGUGGAUGUUGGAAAUGGUAUGUCGAAUACUCCUCAUCAUCAUCGUAGACAACGCCAAGGACAUCGUCAUCGACAGAUACCUCGGCUUCGUCUGGACGGACAUAGAGGACCACAAGUCGGCAAUAAUCCGUCGCUUCCUUAGGGGGGACCAUAUCGAGCCUCGCGAGUUUUGGGUUCGUGUCUACUUCGCCUUCGAAUCUAUGUGGGCAGCAUACAACUGGUACAACCGAGCUCACUUGUUGUGCGCUUUAUUCUUUGUCGGCCUUGGAAUCGACGAACCCGAGGAAUGGCCCCCUAUGUUCGGAGACAUCCGCCAAGCAUGGAACAUCCGCCGGUUUUGGAGCAAGUACUUUGACCGCCUCAUUUACCGCACUGUCUGCGGCACUGGAGAGAUUAUGAUGCAGGCCGUCGGGCUCGGCAGGGGUCCCUUCAUGGGCAAGAAGCGCUGGCUGCUGAACUGCCUUGUUUUUACCAUCAGCGGUUUCUUCCACGCUUACACGGAUUACCUGGCCGGUAUUACGUGCGGCUUUUGGUGGGAGGUCUUCUCGUGGGUGGCAAACUUCGUUAUCAUUGCCUUCGAGACGUUGUUCCUGCACUAUCUCAAAACGUAUUGCCCAAGGGUAUACCACGCGCUGAGCGGGAAAAUUGGAAAGACCAUAGGAUUCAUCUGGGGCUUCUCUUGGGUGUGGUGGGUCACCCCAAAGAGUCAAUUUGUGACGCUCCGGUGCAUUCCCUAG